AUCCAUAACCUCCUUAAGCUGCUCUCAGUGAAUUCUCGCCAGAAUUUGGCAAAAAAUGUUUAAAAUUUGAAAAGUUGAAAUAAUUUUACAAGUUCUAACAGUUAGUGAGCGCCAAGAUGGACUACAGCCAACGGAUGAACAUGAUCGAUAUGUUCACUGAUCCCCCGGAAUACCGGCCGCCGGCAACCGUCGAAGAGAUGGCCGGAUCGGUGGACUACCCGAACCUGAACUCGCAGCAGUAUCGCAUGACCCGGAAGACGAACGGUCCUACGGCUCUUAAUCCCUGCCUGGAGCUGGCCGCGCGCAACUCUGUCGGUCAGGUGAUUCUGGUUGGUAACAAUUACAUGGGUCGCCGGUGGGAAUCCAGCUUUUACGGGUGGGAAACCGCCGCGGAUGUUCCGGACCAGUCGAAGGCUUGCUUCAAGCGGCAGUGCCGGUACUCGAUUACGGCGCUUAAGUUUACACAGGAUCCCAAUUUGUUCCUCCUGGGCAGCGACAAAGGUUCGGUCGAGCUGUGGUCCACUCGGAAUCCUGCCCGCGGCGAUGGCUAUUCGCUUUACCAGGUGGACGUCCAGUCCGAACAUAUUGAAGCGGUGUCCGCGAUGGACCUGUUCCACGGGGACGAAAACAAGCUGGUCACGGGAUCGCACGACGGUUGCAUCAAAGUGUGGCUGUACGGGGCCGAUCUGGCCUCCAUUACGACCAUGACGAAUGCCCAUACGGACGAAAUCACCGCACUGACCACCAACCGGAACGAACUGUCCAGCUUUGCUUCUACCUCGCUGGACCGGUCCGCACUGUUGUGGGAUCUGCGCAAGCCCCGGCCGGCGACGGCGCUCUUCGCAAAGCACCAGUUUGCGUUCACAACGGCCUACUGGACGACCACGGACGAGGCUAACGGAAUCGUUGCCCUCGGGGACGCGGCCGGCAGUGUUCACUUUGUGGACACUCGGCAGCCGAACGUUUUUCUACAUUCCGCGAAAGUGUUCAACAAAAAGAUCCACAAGAUCUCCUUCGACGGAACCCGCUUUGCGGUCCUCGGAAACACCAACCGGGCCAAGUUCUACGAGGGAGGCCAGUUCGAUCUGUUGCACGAGAGUACGCCACCGGCGCCCGACUAUUUGCGGGACGUUCUGUGGGACAAGCCUGCUGAGGGACAGAUGGGCGCCUGCUGGCUGGUCGGGUGGAACACCUUUGUCCGACGGGUUGAGUUCUGAGCUGCUUUGGCUGCUACUCAAGGCGAUGUAAGGUUGGUUGUAAUUUGCAGGAAUUGUACCAUAUUUUGACUGUUGAAUGCGUUGCAACUAAAGCGAUUGAAAUACUU